AUGGAGAAGCCAUAUGUGACUUUUAGAUUACUUAAUCAGUUUUUCCCCAGUGAUGGUGAAAACUUGAAGGAUAUAAUCAGCCUGAGAGUUCUAGUUACUCUCAUUGAUGAUUUGCCUACAGCUUCUAUGUGCCUAUCAGUUCUAGGAGGAGCUGAGAAAAUGGCUUGGGCCCUGAAUCAAAAGCAACAUCUGAAGACAAAGGAGCUUGCUAACAAGACACUUUGUGGAUCCUUGUUGCAGGAUGAUGAUAAAAAGUGCAAAGUAAAGAAGAAAAAGAAUAGCAAGUCAGCUUCUGAAUCUCUUUCUGUCGGAGUGAAUGCAUCUGCAGUUGCCGAAACUGUCAUUUAUGAGACGGAGGAGCAAUCCAAGGAUAAAAAGAAAAAGAAAGAUAAAUCAAGCAGUGAUAGGAAUGAUAGCCAAUUUGAAUCACUACCUACAGUGACGACAGUCAAAUUAAGGGACAAUGCAUCUACAAAUGCCAAAACUGUCAUUGGUGAGACAGGGAAGCGAUUCAAGGAUAAAAAGAAAAGGAAAGACAAAUCAAGCAGUGCUGGGAAUAUAGAGGGGCUUCAGACUGGAGAUCACAAUGAAACUGAUUCUAACAAGGAUAGUUUCGAGACGUCAAAUGAAGAUGUGACAGGCAAGAAGAAGAAGGAUUCUAAAAAGCAAAGAAGACUCACAUAUGAAGAAAUUGAUGUGCUGCCUGCAGAUGGAAAGAUGGAUGAGGAACCCGGACGCAGAAAGAUAGAAAAUUUGAAUGAUUCCAAGAGAGAUCAGAAAUCAACGAAGUUGAAUGGAAACCUCAAAAGUGAUUAAAAUUCUGAUAAAGCAAAUGUCAGGCAAACUAUUCAAGGUAGUGAUCAGUUACAACAGCCAUCUGGUGAACAAUUU